CCUCUGGACCUCCGAAACAAUAGGUAGGAAAACUCUGAAGAAUUUGGGAUUCAAAUCCUAAUCUCCGCCGCUUCAAAGUUCUCGAUUCAGGUACUCUUCUCUUCCCGAUUUCCCUCUGUUUUGACUUGAUUUUUUUUUCCUGUGAUCUCAUUCAUCACUGCAUCGUUGAGGAAAAGAAGAAAACCUUGCCACUUGUUGUGUAAUGUUCUGUCUGCAGCGGAGCCUCAGUGAACAUGAGUGACCACACUGUUGUUCAAAGUGUUAAGAAUGAGAAAAUUGCAGAUGAUGAAAAGAGAGUUUCACACUCAGAUGAACAUGGCUUAUUCCCGAAGAAACGUCAGAAGCGUAUUCAUCACUCAAGUUGUGAGCUCCCUAGUUUUCAAGAUAUGAAUUGGUACAUCUUUCGAGAGGAUUUGGAGGAAGCAGAGAAAUAUGUGAAGAGGGUAAAGGAUUCAUGGCCGGUUACCGGAUGCAGUAUUCUAUUGGAUUCAUGGGUUGAUGCUAAUGGUCGUGACCUUGUUGCUUUUAUCGCGGAUUGCCCCGAGGGUUCGGUGUAUCUGAAAUCCUACGAUGUUUCUAGUAUAAAAGACGAUAUAGAUGCUUUGGUUCUAAUGAUCGAUGAAAUUGUUGCGAAAGUUGGGGGAACACAUAAUGUCGUUCAAGUCAUCAGUUGUUCAGAAUCCGGUUGGGUAGGUGAAUUAGGCAAGUGGUUUCAAGAGAACCAACAGGAGAUUUUCUGGUCUGUUAGUGUAUCUCGUUGCUUCGAGCUUAUGCUGGAUAAGAUUGGAGCGUUGGAUUUCGUAAUUGACACGCUUCAAAAGUUCAAGAACAUCUCCGAAUUCAUCCACAGUGAUCCUUCUGUCUUGAAGUUUUUUGGUGAUCAUAGUCAUGCAAAAGAGCUCACUGUCUUGCUCAAGAAUAAAUCGGCUACGCCUUAUUUGAUUUUAGAGAAGGUUUUAACGGCGAGGAAUGCUUUGACCUCCAUGUUCACAUCAUCUGAGUGGAAAAACAUGGUCUGGGCUUCGACAGGAGAGGGAAUAAGAGCAGCCAGUUUGGUGGUGGAUGACGCAUCUUUUUGGAACAAUGCCGAGACAGUUAUAUCACGUGUACAAUGCCUCUUGUCCAUGCUCUACUCUUGGUCACUGACACUGACAAUCCAAAAGGUGGACUUAUCACAUUGGUUAAAACCAAAGCGAUAAUCCAGAGGGCUCUUAAUCACGAGACAAGCGGUUUCAAAGCUGCGUGGGAUAUAAUAGAUCAAAUCUGGAACGCUCAUCUUCGUAACCCUCUUCAUGUGGCUGGAUACUUUUUGAACCCGUUUGCAUUGUACUCAACAGACUUCCAUUUUGAUCGAGAAGUUUCCUUUGGUCUCAUUUCGUCUCUGAUCCCUAUGGUAAAAGAGCGGAGUGCACAGUUGGAAGUUCGAAAGCAGCUUGAUACGUAUAUAUGCGGUAAAGAUUUCUUUCUGAAGCUCAACCGUGAAAUCAUCUCUAGAAUUUCUCCAGUUGAAUGGUGGUCUCGGUAUGCGAAUCAGUUACCGGUGUUAAAGAGUGUUGCCAUUAAAAUUCUGAGCCAAACGUGUGAAGGUGCAUCAAGAUUCAGGCUGAGGAGGAUGGUAGCAGAGAAGGUGAUCGCCGGAGGUAAGAGCCAUGGUGAACAAAAACAUCUGGAAAACUUUGAGUUUGUUCAUUACAACUUGUAUCUUCGGGAAUCAAGACAAAAGCCGAUACCGAUGCCAGAGCCCAGAGCAGUUGGAACUAUCCAUAGUAAUCUAGGAGAUUUGAAGGUUGGAAGUAGUGUUUCCUCUACUCUGCAAAAGGGAUUUGCUUUUUGGCUGCAGAGAUGAGAAAGAGAGUGGCAUUGGGGAAACAAGAUGGUGAUUCUCAAUACACAUCUCUGCUCAAUUCAUGAGCCAUCCUGUUUCAAAUCAGCUAUCCAUUUACAGGAUUUCAAUCUCAUACAUUCAUAGCCAAGAAAAAUACCACUCCACUGUGGGAUGGGAUGCAACAUCAACAUUCAAUAUCCAUUGGAUCAGAAAACCGAAUCUUCUUCACCACCCAGACUAGGCUUCAGCCUUUUUGUGCUGUUGGCAUCCACAAGGACCAAAGUUAAUGCGUGU